GUGUCUGUGCGUGCGCGUGGCCAUGUGACAGGCCGUCCAGAGUUGCCCAGCCUCCUUUUUUUGACUCCUUUGCAGUUGCAUGGAUCGUAUUACUGGCUGCUCUCCCCGCACCGCUGAGCCCACCACCUCUGCGCCAAUCACAGCCUGCCUUUUACCUCCGCGCACACGCAUGCACGGACGCACAGACACAGACAGACCCUGACAUACACACACACACACACACACAUACACGGCGAUCCAUCGCUCCGGUUCUCCGCUGCCUUCACAUGCGUCCCCACCGACUCCGCGUAGCGCUGGCUGCGCCAAGAUGAGCGGUCGUCCCGGUACCAUCUGAACGUCUCACCGCCUGACUGACCCAGAGCCGGGGGAGAGAGAGAGACAGACAGACAGACAGACAGACAGACAGAAAGAGAGAAAGACCAUCUUUCCUCUCUCACAACCCAUCUUCCGUUCGCUUGGAAGAGACCGCAGCGCCAGCCGUUUCUUUCGGCAUCUUUUUUCGCCCUCCUCCUCCUCCCGUUCGUGCUGCAUCCCUCCGUUAUUGUCGCUCUCCCGGUUUUAAGGAGAAACCGGAGAGCCCGGGUCGUGAUUUUGUGGAAAUACAUUUUUGCAUUUUUUUUUUCCUGUUGAGAGUUGGUAGCGCGCAGUUGGUGCGCGCUUUUGUAAAUUCCGGUGAAUGGUGGAUUUGGCAAACAUGGAGACCGUGGAGAAGGAAUGCGGGGCCCUCGGGGGUCUAUUCCAGGCGAUUGUCAACGACAUGAAGUGCUCCUAUCCUGUGUGGGAGGACUUCAGCGCCAAGGCCACCAAGCUGCAUUCCCAGCUCCGAACCACUGUUCUGGCUGCUGUGGCCUUCCUGGAUGCCUUUCAGAAGGUGGCAGACAUGGCGACCAACACCAGAGGGGCAACCAGAGAUAUAGGUUCAGCUCUGACCAGGAUGUGCAUGAGGCAUCGCAGCAUUGAGGCCAAACUUCGCCAGUUCACCAAUGCUUUGAUGGAGAGUCUGGUCACUCCUCUCCAGGACAAGAUUGAGGACUGGAAGAAGACAGCCAACCAGCUGGAUAAGGAUCAUGCCAAAGAGUACAAGAGGUCACGCCAUGAGAUCAAGAAGAAGUCAUCUGACACCAUGAAACUACAGAAGAAGGCUCGUAAAGGCCGAGUGGACCUGCAGCCUCAGCUGGACAGUGCCAUGCAGGAUGUGACUGACAUGUGUCUGCUGAUGGAGGAGACGGAGAAGCAGGCGGUGCGCCGGGCCCUGGUGGAGGAGAGAGGACGCUUCUGCACAUUCAUCGGCUUCCUCCAGCCUGUUGUGAACGGAGAGAUCGCCAUGCUGGGAGAGAUCACCCACCUGCAGGCCAUCAUUGAUGACCUCACUGUGCUGACAACUGAUCCUCACAAACUGCCCCCAGCUAGUGAGCAGGUGAUUAAGGAUCUGAAGGGGUCUGACUACAGCUGGUCCUAUCAGACUCCUCCUUCCUCCCCGAGCAGCUCUGGCUCCCGCAAGAGCAGCAUGUGCAGCAGCGUCAACAGCGCCCACAGUAGUGCCUCCCGUUCAUCAGGGGGAGGUGGUAGUGCUGGUAUUGGUGGAGGUGGUGGAGGCUCCCAGCCCCACUCACCCACCUCAUCCUCUUCCUCCUCCUCCCAUCGCUACCGCAGCAGCCUGCCGCAUCAGCCUCCGCCACCAGGGGGCAUCGCUGCCCACCGCCUCAGCAGCGUCUCCUCCCACGAUUCGGGCUUCGUGUCCCAAGAUGCAAACAUCUACUCCAAGCCCCCCUCGCCCAUGCCCUCGGACAUCACCAGCCAGAAGUCAUCCAGCUCAGCAUCGUCAGAGGCCUCAGAAACAUGCCAGUCAGUCAGUGAAUGCAGCUCCCCCACCACUUUUGGCACGUCCUUCGCUACCUUCCGCCCUGCUCUCUCUCACUCUGGCUCCACCAGACCUCUCUCUGUCAUUCUUCCUGUUCCUGCGUCCCCACCCUAUAACUGCCCCUCUGGAUCCAGCUCCUCCUCUCCCACAUCAAAGGUUCCUAUCUGGAAGGAUUGGUCCAAAGCAGGUCAGUAUGAGCAGCCGGUAGCUGCAGCACCAGUUCAGAGGAGAAAGGAGCCUCUGGACAGACUGAGGGAGAACGAGAUGUCUCCUGGUUCCCAUGGAUACGCUGGGCCAUCACACCCUGACGACGCCCAGAGACACAGGAUGACCCCAGCAACCAUCGCUGCCAAGCAUGGAGAGGAGGUUUCUCCAGCAGCCAGUGACCUGGCCAUGGUGCUGACCAGAGGACUGAGCAUGGAGCAGCAGAAAAGCAGCAGAGACUCUCUGCAGUACUCCAGUGGCUACAGCACAGAAACCACAACCCCAUCCUGCUCUGAGGACACAAUUCCUUCACAAGGUUCAGAUUAUGACUGCUACUCAGUGAACGGUGAUGCUGAAGGUCCAGAUGGACAGACAGAGUUCGAUAAGUCCUCCACCAUUCCUCGCCACUCUAACAUCGCACAGAACUACCGCCGCAUGAUCCAGACCAAGAGGCCAGCCAGCACCGCCGGCCUACCCAGUGGGGUCCUUGGUCCCGGGGGUCACGUGAUGCCAGGACAACCUGGCGGAGCUGGUGGAGGCGGAUCAGGUACUCCAGGAACUGCCACCAUCCGCCGAACCCCAUCUACCAAACCAGGCGUGAGGCGUACACUCUCCAACGCCGGGCCGAUCCCCAUCCGACCACCCAUUGUGCCUGUGAAGACGCCCACUGUCCCCGGAGACUCACAUUCACCUGGUGCGGCUGGCGGAGGGCACUCAGGUGGCGUGCCGGUGCGUGUGGGCAGUGAGGAGUGCGUCUUCUUCACUGGAGUUGACGAUGCACAGGGAGCGCUUGAUUAUGUGAAGGCGUCGCCCAAGCGCCUCAGCCUGCCGAACACCGCCUGGGGAUCAGGGGCGGCGUUAGAGGUCUACGCCCAGCAGCACGGCCUCGCCAUGGGAACGGGCUCAGGGGGGUCCGAGGAGGAUCAGAUGAUCGCGGCCAAUCGGCACAGCUUAGUGGAGAAGAUCGGCGAGUUAGUAGCCAGUGCACACGCCCUCGGAGAAGGGCAGUUUCCUUUCCCCACGCUCCCCGAUGAUCCGGCCCUGCCGCCAACUGGCCCCUCCGACACACAGUUAGGGACCGAGGGGGCGGAGGGGUCCGGUGACAUGCUGACCACCAUUAGGAGAGGAGUCCGCCUCCGCAAGACCGUCUCCAAUGACCGCUCAGCGCCGCGCAUCUUGUGAUUGGAGGAGAAGCAGGAAGAGGAUGAUACUUGUCGGCCAAUAGGGAGUCAGGUGUUGGUGUGGUGCAACCCAACCGCCUAGUACAUACACAAUAACUAUGUAGGGAAAGCUAUAAUAUAACAGAAGAUGAAUGAAAACAAAAACAUACACAAAAAAUAAGUUUAAAGACACCAUUAGAGUAAAUGAUAUAUAAUAUAAUAUAAUGAUAACAAUUACAUUAAUAAUGUUAACUCAUGCCGAUGAUUAAAAAGUGAAAUACUGAAUAUUGACAGGCUCCUAGCAGGCCACUAUAACUAGUGUGUGUUGGACGCAUGUUUGUCUUCUCUACACCUUCACCCAGGGAUGAAAAGACUCGCAGGAAAAACAGAUAAGAUUAAAAAAAACGGCAAAGAUGGAGAGAAAGACUGGGUUCUGUUUGUCAACUUACACCCUUCCCCAUUCUCUUCUCCAACUAACCCGACUGUCUAAUCCCAGAUGAAAGACUGAUGACUGAAGGAGGGCCCUGUGGGGGCGAGAGAGAGGGGGGUCAGAGUGCCAUGUGACCAGCUGGAUUUGAACCCAGGCUGUCUCAGCAGCAACACACUGUACUUAUUAGCCCACUGAACUGAAGCUUUGGUAUUAGCACGGGGAGCUAACAAGCCAGAGGGCUCCUCUGGUUCAUCCUAAUGUAAAAGAUUCUUUAAAAAAAAUACUGUUGGCAUUGAACCGUGCUAGUGCCCCCUUCCCCUCUCUCUAUGUGUGUGUGUGUGUGUGUGUGUGUGCAUUCAUGUGUAUGCAUGUGGGCGAAUGUGAAACGUGUGUGUGCACAUGCGAUUGAUUGUGUGUGUGUGUGUGUGUGUGUGUGUGAGGGGGGUGGGUAGAGCUCUGCUGCAGGACAGCUGGUUACCCAAUGAGGGCAGGGCUUUUCUCCUGUGUGUUGUACGUGUAUUUUCUUGUUUAUAUCGUGACGUCAUUUACCUUGUUACAACUGUACGAGAAGUUACGAGAAGUAAUCCAGGCGUAUAGAUAUAUUCAUAUAUAUUUUCUAGAACCAGAGAGAAAAUGUUAAAUCAGAAAUGGAGCAAUAAAUGUGUUUUAUUUUCUUGUUUCCAAGAAGAUGGAGGAUUGUAGGUUCUCCUUUGUCACAUUCAGGCAAUCAUCAGGAAUGCUAAAUUACACAUCGACUGUGAAUUCAUGCCUAGACGGUUUUGGCGUGUCUCUCUCCCUGUCCCUGUCUCUUUCUGGUGGAGGAAAUGGAUUAGAAUAAUGUUGGAAAAACAAACAAACUGUAAAGCACUUUGAUAGGUGGUAGAGUAUGUUCAGCAGCCACUAGGUGUUGCUGUAGUCAUACUGUAUGAUAGGGAGAGUGAAAGUGAGAGAGAUGGUUGCCAAUGAGACUGUGUCUUUAGGAAAUUAUUUAAUUAGAAGAAGAAUACAUAGAGGGACAAAGAGGAAGUGAUAAUGACUGGUGGAAUUGGAGUGAUUGGUCAAAUGACAGAUGGAAUAAGAAAGUAGAGCAAAAUAUUUAUAUAUUGGACGUCAGGGCUCUUCAGGGUUCGACAAGCCAUCGUCUGCUGUGGAUUGUGAAUAGUACUGAAGCUUUUUAUCAUGUGGUUGCACUGAUAUCUGAACACAUAAUGCAAAAAAUACACUGCACAGGUAGGUCAGGCUACUUUUGGACACAGGCUUUUAAGAGUUGGUUGAUCCAAGCAACAAACAAACAAACAUAUUUUCUCAUUAGCCAUGCUAAUAGUAAUUAGCACAGUAAUAAUAGUCCCCUAAGAACUGUCAGCACAUUUGAAAGAAGGAUACAUUAAUGUACUUAAAUAAUGUGAAUGUCACAAACUCAAUGGUAUUGAAGUUGAGGAACACAUCUGAAACCAUGGACAGAAUAUUACAAUAAUUAUAUUUUGUUAUACAGCAUCAGUUCUCUAAAAGACUAAACAUUUUUUUGAUAGAUUACAUGCAAAUGUUCAUAUCAAACAUAUUGAGUAAUGCGAUUAUGUUGGCUGUUACAUAACUGGGAUAAAUACAAGUUGCAUAAAAAAGUUAAAGUUUUUUUAAAUCUAGAUUUUAUGAUUUUAUGACAGUUUUCCAAAAAAUUUGAUUUAAAAAAUGGCAAUGUUUACAAUAUCACAGUAUAUCGCAAUGCAUUGAAUUGUGAUCACUUUAUGCUGAUAUGUAUCAUAGCUUAAUUCUUGCCGAUACACAGAUAUUACUUAAUAUACUGUGUGUGAGGAAAUAUGUUUGAUGUAAACAUAUAUCAACAAUGGACUUGAAAUAUAUUUGCACAUGUGAUUUAUGUUUAUUGGACAUGCAUUUGCUUGGCAUAAAUGUCCUGUGAAUAUUUCAACAUAGUCAUAUUCAGUAUUUUGUACGUUGGAAAUACAAUCCCACAACAUUCAAAGUAGUCUCCACUCAUGUGCACCAGCUUAUCUGCAAAAAUAUUCCUACCUAGAAAUACUGUAUGUUUUUGCAUUAUGUAAAAGCAGAGUUCAAGGCAGAAUGAGUAGAGUUUGUCCGUUGCAAUUUGUAAACACGACAUUCAAAGUUGGCCCCUCAUGCCCGGCUCAAUGACAUCUAAUUAGUCUAGUGAUAUUUAGUGGAGCUAGCUAAUAGUAUCUGUAUCCAGACAGGAGAAUUUAUUGAAGGUUCCUGAGCUUCUGAGUCAGACAGCACAGCAAAAUAUAAUGAAAGAGAAAAUACAGACAGAGGGCAGGUCUCUGCAGAUACAAAUACCACCACACACUUGGAGUGGGUCAUAGGGGAUGAUGGAGAGGGUUUCUAAUUGUAUGAGUCGAUACAUGGGCUUUUUUACUGGUAAAUCCUACUCAUUGUGUCUUUAAACCUUGAACAUAGCUGGACAAUAGUAUUUUAACUGGCUCCGAUACAACUGGCUCCUUUACAAAGUGAACUAAAGAUAUCUGAGGUUUCUUUUAAAAGGAUAGCAGGCAAAAAACACAGUAAAGAGGAUUGUUGUUGCAACAAUGUGGGAAGCAACAAAUGAUGAAAAUAUGGGAAAAAAACAUGCAGAGUUGGUUUCACAGUGUUGGGCAGUCGUUAGCUGCCAAUUAGCAAUUAGUAGCUUUGUCUUUGCCCAAACUUUCAGUUGAGGAUAGGACUCCUCUGAGAGUAAUGAGUAAUGUAACUAACUACUAUUGCUGUUGAGCAAUGUGUAAUUAAUAACUGAUCGCAUUUUUAAAGUAACUUGCCCAACACUGGUUACUGAUGAGCAGUUAAACCAGCAUGUAUUCAGUCACAGAAAGUCAAUGUUGCUCAUGAAAAAACAGUUUUGUGAACAACACGCCACUACAUUAUGGUUCAGCUCAGUUCAGUGCGAAUAACCCAGUUCAGCUCAGGACACGGCUGUAUGAAGGAAUUAUUUAUGGACAUUAAGAAGUGAGUAAAGGUGAAGCCUGUUUGAAGUGCUUGCUGAUGACAAGGAAGCAGGAGCUCUUAAAUUAGACGUGUGGAGCAGACAGACAGAGGAAGAAACGUGUAGAAUGAGCAUUUCACUGCCUGUUCAUACAAUAUGUACUGUAUGUGCUGUAUUAGUUAAUGAAAAUCAGGCGCACAGAUUUGGUAUAAAGGUUUGUUAGAAAAUAUUAAAUGGAAUAUUUCGUUUCUUUCUUUUUUUUUCAUUCUGCAGUAUUGUUUGAAUAUUUAGUCUUACUUUAAUUAAUGUAAAAAAAGAAGAAAAAACUCCAGUUGUAACACAAAAUACUAAGCUGUGUAACAUAUGGAUGUAGGAUGUGUGGGCUGAGAGUGAGUGUGUCCCUGUUUGGCUGUUGAACUCUUCAUUAACAUGUCUGUGCGCUCUUCUAGCAGUGACCUGAACAUAGCCGGCGGCAUCGGCACUCUUACAAGCCCUUUGUGUUGACUUCUUUCUGAGCACUGUUUUAAACAUAUUUGUGGCCAUUUGAAGAGAAAAUGAUGACGAUUUAAUUUAAAGAGAUAAUGAGGAGAAUGUUUUUUAACAUUGUGAGCCUCUGGGAUGUUUUUUUGUUUUUUUUGUCUGGGGAGGAACUACUGUAUGUGUGUUGUCACAUGUGGAUGCUGUGUGUUGUAUCAAUCUGAUUGGGUGAGAGGGCGGAAGGGGAGAGCAGCGGGCUUGGACUCCAAUCCCCCCCCUCGAAAAACACAUUUUUGGGGUGAGAAAAUGUUCAUCUGAAGAGCUUGUGUAAGACCGCCUGUCGAGGUCACACUGUACAUGAAUUUACGUGCAUAUGCUGAAUGUACUGCAAGGUGAAGGGGGACAUCGAACUGUAUGUGUUUGACUUGCUUGGACCAUUGCAAUGUCUGAACUUUGUUCUUGUACAACUGAAUGAAGUUUAAACAGUAGGAAAGCAAUACAGAGAUAGUGUGCAUGUACGUACAUUCACAAUGAUGUUCCAGUGUGGGUAUGUUAAAGGAAAAUACCACUGUUUUGUCCACUCUUGGAUAUGUGCUCCUUAUUUAAAAAGCUAUUCUACAUUGUAUGGCUCUGAUGGUAUGAUUUGGAGUUUAGAGACCCUUUACUAUGACCGAGGACACUGCUAGAGCCACUUCCCUUAGUCUGGAUGUGUAUGUGCUGUAGGUUCAUUAAUUCUAGUGCAACAACUGAAUUCACUGCCAGUUAUUUAGUUAUUGGUUGAUUAAAGGGCUUAUCGUGCCCUGCAGGAGAGUCUUGCUGCUUAAUUCCAAAUGUUGGACAUCAACUCAGGACAAGAAAGGUGUUUUCACAUCGAAUGAGAUGAAGAGAGUCAGAUCAAACUGCACACACUGGCUACAGUAUGAGUGUGAGAUGAGAAAAAGAGAAAAACACUGCUAUUUUCCUUUAAAAUACCCAAUUAACAGCACAAAAAGUAAUCUAACUAAACAAUAAUGUCUUUUUUUAACAUGCUGAAUUAACUGUGUACUGAACUAACUGUCUGAACAAGCUGAAAUAACUACAGUACUCUGCUACAGAUGUGUCAAUAUGCCCAUUUUUAUGAGUGUAUGUGUAUGUGGGUAGAAGUAGGCCUACUGGCAUGUGGGCAAAGCAGAGGCUACAAUGAAAACCUUCUGUAGGAACAUACAUAGACACAUGCGAUUUACAUGCGUGCAGGCAUGCGUGCGUACACACAAAACUACACACACAUGAGCGUCAUAGGAUUUACACACAAAACAAUUCUUCCUCCGCUGAGAAAACGACACUGUCCUAACUACUGUACAGUUUGUCCAAACAGGACUCACACUGUAAAAAGGAACAUUUUAACAUUGAUUUUAUGUGUUUAUUCAGUUAAACAGGUUGAUAGAUAUCCCAUCUGGACUUUCAGUGACAUUACUGCAUUUUAAUCUUUUGCUAGUAGCUCUCUCUGUGAGCUAGACACAGGCUGUCCUUAUGAACUGUUCGUAUGAUUUCCUACGCAAAAAAUAAUGCACUGGAGUUUGUUUGUAUCCGUCAAAAAUUGAACUGGCAACAAAACAACAUCAUGUUGAAAGCUGAUGGAUUAAACCCCCAGUCUUUAAACCAGGUGAUCAGUGUUCAUGUCCCAUUUUUUGGAAUUUACCAGAAGUGAGGUUUUUGAUCUUACUAACUGAACUGUUCAACAUGGUCUCACAGGAAUCCGUGAAAUAGUCAUAUCCCGUGGCUAUUCCAACAUACAAAGUGAUUAUAUACAUUCACUGAGGGAAUAUUUAGAAAAUAAAACAAAUAUUUCUCGCUAGAAAUGUGAUCAAAAUCCAUUUUUAUGCCGAAACUAAGUCAAAAUACUGAUUUUUUUCACUAAAAAUGAGAGAACUGUCCGCCAUGUUUUUUGUUCUGACCGCCAGGACCUUAAAAGUCACGUGACUUGGAACAAACCAAUAGGAAAAAAUAUUAACUUGCAUUGUAGCGAAAUCCGUGUCAGUUUCACGGAAAUUUGAGUGAUUCCGUGGCUAUUCCACGGAUUCCUGUGAGACCAGGUUCCAACUGUUUUACAGCAUAGACAACAUGUUUAAAACAGCGGUUUGAAUGAUUAAAACAGCGAUCGUCACAUGUCACAUUUCGUAGGAUAUGAUAUGAAUUACGAUGCAAAAGUUUCCGCAGAAAAUCAUACAAACAGGCUGUUCUCAUGAAUGAUUCAUAGAGAUUCUUAUGAAAAGUAAUAUUAUAUAAUAUUGUCCACUUAUGAGGCAACAUCAUUUUAAAAGCCACACAACCAAUUGGGUGGGCAGGAAAUAAGCAAGAUGGCACAAAUGAACCCCAGGCUUUUAACUAGGAGAUCAUAAUAGUGUUUUAAGCCUAAAUCUGGUCUUUUUUCCUAACCACAGGCUUUGAUGCAUAAUCCUAACCAUUUAACAGCAUUAACAACCUGUUUAAAACAUAAAUUGUAAUGGUUAAGACAGUGAUUCAGUGUGUUGCAGUCACAAAUCACACUGCAAAAAUUUUCAUAAGAAACUAUACGAACCCGUUCAUGAGAAUACAUCGAUACAAACAUGGAAAACGGUACAUUACUUUCAUGUUACAGGCAGUUACAUAGUGUACGCACACUUGAUUAAAAGUUUAAAUAAUGACUUCAGAAAAUACUGUGUUUCUAUGCAUACAGUUAAUCCGACAGAUUAUAGUGCUGCUGAUUAUUAGGUGUGAGUAAUAUGAGUUUAAACAGACAAAUGUUAAAGGAAUUGAUUGACAUUUUGGGAAAUACCUGCCAGCAGAUACUUAGCUUAAAAGCUGUAAUGUCAAGGAAUUCCUCUAACGUUUCUAGAAAACUUAUAUUGGUAUUCGUGUUUUGUUAUGGUGGGAUUGAAACACUCAACAGCACCAUUGUGUGAAAAGCCUGGAGGUGUACAAAAUCUACAACACUCACAUAUAUUUAUCCCUCUCUCUCUUCUUUUUCCUCUCUAUUAUCUUGCUCUUUUCUUACCUCCAUCCACUGACACAGCACCACCAGGGAUGCCGCGUAGUCGACAAGUUAGAAAACAGCGCUUGUCAUAAUGAGAGUCCCAUCGGCUGUUCUCGGUCUCUCUGUGCCUUGCAGCCCAUCAAAGCUAAUGAAACAUAAUUCUGAUGAAGUCUUUAUUUACAACACAGUCAAUAUGAGCUCAGCUCUGUUUCCCUCUCUGUCCGUCUCCCCUUCGCUCUCUUUCCCUCCAUCUACCCGUGUGUGUGUGUCUGUAUGUGGGUAUGUACAUGUGUGUUUGUGUGUGUGUGUGUGUGUGUGCGCUAAUGGCUAACAGGUGGUACCCCGAUGGCUCCUGGGUGUGUUGUUCAAAGAAGGGCUGGAAGCAUUAGCCAGGGUAAACUUCUCCCCUCUGUACGCUGCAACAUGAGCUGGUUUCAAGGCAAACAGCUGGAUGUCUGACACUACAUCUCAGUGCUGGAUUACAUUUUAAUUAAUUUUGAUCAUGCUUUUUAAGACAUCUUUUUGGCAUCAUCUCACAGGCAGCUUAUAUCACUUUGAUGGCGUCUUGGUGAGCUUCUGUCAAAGAAACCUAAGAUGCGAGUGGGAGCAGUAAUUCCACAGUGGGACUUUGCUCCCACAUUACCAUCACAAGUAAUCUGCUGAUGUGUAAGCACAGUGUUGGUAAGAAAGUCUUCGUCUAAAUUAAUAAAGAGCACUGGUACGUGUGUGAAAUUGAGCUUAACUGGCGGAAGUAAAAAUGUACUCAACGGCAGACUUGGCAACUUUUGUUGCCACUGUGACAGUUACAGCGUGAUGCUAAAAUGUUGAGCAACAUUAACACAAAAAGGGAAGAACUAUAAAGUAAAGAAAUUCUAAUAUUUGCCAACAUUAGUUGCCAUUAUAAUAAUAAUAAUAAUACAUUUUAUUUGUAAAGCACUUUUCAUACAGAAAUCUCAAAGUGCUACAGAAACAAGAAAGAGAAAACUCAUUAAAAUCAGCAUUAGAUAAAAAAAAAAAAAGACACGGGUAAUAAAGUACAUUAUGCAGAGACAAAGUAAAAACAUCUAGGGACAACCUAAAAAUGCCUCCCUGAACAGAAAAGUUUUAAGCCCUUUUUUAAAGGUGUCCAUUAGUUAUUGGAGACCAAAUGAGGUUGUAGAGUGUAUUAAACUGAGCAUGAGUUUGGUUUAUUGCCUAUUCAACUAUAACAUUAGUAAGAGGAAGACUAUUAUUAUUUAAUUUUACUUUGAGAAAGUAGUAAAAUUAGAUCAUAAUGUAAAGUUGUAUUUUAAACUAAACAUGGCAAAAUUUAGUCAACAUUUUCAGAAUGUAAUAAAAAAAGAGGCCUUACUGUCCAGCUUAAUACACCAAUAUUUACAUAUUGUUAGGUGGCAACCUCUAGUGGCUGUAGUUAGUAUGACGGGAUCAAAAGACGACUGGAAUUCAUUGAAAUUUUGUCCGCUGAUGAAAUGUGUCUGCCACAUGUUGAAAACAGCGAUCUCCAUGUGUCAUCAUACAAAUUGCGCUGCAAACCUUUUGCAUAAAUAGUUAAUAAACAUUCAACUAUGUCCAAAUUCUCUCAGCCAGUAAACUUCCUGACCGUCCCCACCUCAGCUGAGUUUCCCUGGUUACUCAGAUUUAUAGGAAACUGGCAGACUUCCACUGAAAGCAUUUGCUCGCAGCAUGAACACAAAGUUACAAAUCUAUGUGGAAAUAUUGUGGCGAACAGCCUGUUGGUGGUGUGGAACGCUCCUCUACGUAACUUUGGUUCCCUUCAAUUAUGCAUACACUGGAAACGAAGAUAACGUCUCCAACAUGAUUUAAAAGUGGAUCCUAAAAUAAUUGGAAAGAACAUGCUGAAGGUGUUUUUCUGACUGGUUGAUAAAGAGCUUUCUUUACCCUGUGAUGGCCAUUGAAGCACAGAUUGUGUUGUAAUUAUGUAUGAUGAAGUUUUGUGAGUUUGAGUGUGCGUGCAACCCACUCCUUUAUCCAUCUGCCCAGGUUAUAGUCAAUGUCUACUUUACAGUAUGUAUAUGUGUGUGUUGCACAAUGACACUUGGUGAGACCCCUACUGUUCUUCCCUCCCACCUCCCACACACAAUCUGUCAGUCCUUCCUGCUGUCUAAUACUGAAGAAACACACACACUUACACACACUCAUCUCAAGGUAAACAUGACUAAGGUAGAUUCUCAGAAGCUACAGCACACGAUGGUUCUCUGAAGCCCUCCAGGAGUUUGUGAUGAAACAUGUUGCAACUUCCUGUCGUAUAGCCAUGCAGAGCAAAGUGGCCAAAGUGGCCAAAGUGGCCUCCUGGUGCCACCGUAACUGUCACUGCACAGAAUGUCUUACUGUCAAUACUCCAGUUCUCAGUAGUGUCUCUCGCUUGCUCGCUCUCCGUCUCUUCCUCCUCCUCUGCAGCCUCCAAAUGAACUCAACAGUGAAAUCUCUCCACAACUCACCAACCGAGGCGUUGAUCUCAUUUCUAUGGGGUUUAUUUUGUUCAAAGGAUAACAUUGUGACAACAUCUGCUUUAUGUUUCUGUACAAACAGAUCUUUUCCUCCUCCCUCCCCCCCGCGUAGCCCUGCAGGCACUGUGGUCUUGUCUUUCUCUCUUCUUUCUGUCCUCUUUUCUGCUCCUCUUCUUUAAUUUAUUGUGAAUUAAUUUCCAAGGUUGUUCUGCCUCUGUCGCUGAUGAUAAGGUUUUCUUUUCUGUCUUCCUUUUUGUAAAAUUGACCCUUUUUUGUUAACUUUAGUCACUGCUAAUGUAACAAAACGCACUGUGAUGAUUCCAGUAUUAAUAAAAGUUGUACUUAAACUGUG